AUGACUCCUUCUGACGCCGCAGAAUGAUCCCUUGCCUCAUCGAGCCCAGUGGAUUCUGAGGCCCGCACAGAAAUCCACCUUGCACCGGCAAAAGGACCCUCACUGACAGCGUCGCCUCCUGCAGCAGUCAGCCCGAGACAGAAUGUCAAGCAGCCCCGAAGGAAGUCUCUCCAGGGGCGGCGGCUCCGACCAUGACUUGAAAAUGGCCUCUUCGAGCAACACGUCCCCCGAGGGUGGACCACCGCCGCUGCACCAGAACCGUAUACGGCAGUCGGACAGCAACACCAGUUUCCUGCGAGCUGCCAGAGCGGGAAACAUUGAUAAAGUCCUUGAGUUCCUGAAAAAUGGAGUCGACAUAAGCACCUGUAACCAGAAUGGUCUGAAUGCACUACAUCUGGCAGCUAAAGAGGGACACAAGGAUUUAGUAGAGGAACUGUUGGAGAGAGGAGCACCUGUUGACUCUGCCACAAAGAAAGGAAAUACUGCCCUCCAUAUUGCCUCAUUGGCUGGGCAGAAAGAGGUAGUCCGACUACUGGUAAAGAGAGGAGCAGAUGUCAAUGCUCAGUCACAGAAUGGCUUCACUCCACUCUACAUGGCAUCCCAAGAGAAUCACUUGGAGGUGGUGAGAUACCUGUUGGAAAAUGAAGGGAACCAAAGUAUUGCAACAGAGGAUGGUUUCACUCCACUGGCAAUCUCGCUCCAGCAGGGCCACAACUCAGUGGUCUCCCUAUUGUUGGAGCAUGACACAAAGGGCAAAGUACGCCUCCCAGCCCUGCAUAUUGCAGCCCGUAAGGACGAUACCAAGUCUGCUGCACUGCUGCUCCAAAAUGACCACAACGCUGAUGUCCAAUCUAAGAUGAUGGUCAAUAGAACCACAGAGAAUGGGAAGAGUGGGUUCACCCCUCUGCACAUCGCGGCUCACUAUGGUAACGUGAAUGUCUCCACCCUGUUGCUGAACAGAGGAGCUGCUGUAGACUUCACAGCCAGGAAUGGAAUAACGCCUCUCCACGUGGCCUCCAAGAGAGGCAACACCAACAUGGUGGGCCUGCUGUUGGACAGAGGAGCUCAGAUAGAUGCUAAAACCAGGGAUGGACUGACUCCCCUGCACUGUGCAGCCAGAAGUGGACAUGACCCAGCUGUAGAGCUGCUCCUGGAGAAAGGAGCCCCAAUCUUAGCUAGAACCAAGAAUGGACUGUCCCCACUACACAUGUCAGCCCAGGGAGACCACGUUGAGUGCGUGAAAUUCCUGCUGCAGCAAAUGGCGCCUGUUGAUGAUGUCACACUGGACUACCUCACAGCGCUACAUGUCGCAGCUCACUGUGGCCACUACAGAGUCACCAAGCUACUGCUGGACAAGAAGGCUAACCCCAAUGCUAGGGCCCUGAAUGGUUUCACUCCUCUACAUAUCGCUUGUAAGAAGAACAGGGUGAAAGUGAUGGAACUAUUGGUUAAAUAUGGAGCAUCCAUCCAGGCCAUCACUGAGUCUGGUCUGACUCCCAUCCAUGUAGCUGCCUUCAUGGGACACCUCAACAUUGUUCUACUCUUGCUGCAGAAUGGAGCUUCACCUGAUGUCCGUAACAUUCGUGGUGAGUCAGCUCUCCACAUGGCAGCACGAGCAGGUCAGAUGGAAGUGGUUCGCUGUUUGCUAAGGAAUGGAGCGUUGGUGGAUGCCAUGGCCAGGGAGGAUCAGACUCCCCUACAUAUUGCAUCUCGUUUGGGGAAAACAGACAUUGUCCAGCUGCUGCUACAGCACAUGGCCCACCCAGAUGCUGCCACCACAAACGGCUACACUCCCCUUCACAUUUCAGCCAGGGAGGGUCAGGUAGAGACUGCCGCAGUGCUACUGGAGGCUGGAGCCUCACACUCACUGGCCACCAAGAAAGGAUUCACUCCAUUACAUGUAGCAGCUAAGUAUGGAAGCCUUGAUGUAGCAAAACUACUCCUUCAGCGCAAAGCUCUCCCUGAUGAUGCUGGCAAGAAUGGCCUUACUCCGUUACAUGUGGCAGCUCAUUAUGACAACCAAGAGGUGGCUCUCUUGCUGCUGGAUAAAGGGGCAUCACCUCAUGCUACAGCAAAGAAUGGCUACACUCCUCUCCACAUUGCAGCCAAAAAGAACCAGACAAACAUUGCAUUAUCACUGCUGCAGUAUGGAGCAGAGACAAACGUUCUGACCAAGCAGGGAGUCAGCCCUCUACACCUGGCAGCCCAGGAAGGACACGCUGAGAUGGCCAGCCUGCUACUGGGCAAAGGAGCUCACGUCAACACAGCAACCAAGAGUGGACUGACUCCUCUGCACCUCACAGCACAAGAGGACAGGGUCAAUGCAGCAGAAGUACUGACCAAACAUGACGCCAAUUUGGACCAGCAAACAAAGCUUGGAUAUACGUCUCUGAUAGUGGCCUGUCACUAUGGAAAUGCCAAGAUGGUGAACUUCCUGUUACAGCAAGGCACCAGCAUUAAUGCCAAAACCAAGAAUGGAUACACACCACUUCACCAGGCAGCACAACAAGGGAACACACACAUCAUAAAUGUUUUGCUGCAACAUGGAGCUAAGCCCAAUGCUACUACAGUGAAUGGAAACACUGCUCUGUCGAUUGCCAAGCGUCUGGGUUACAUCUCUGUGGUGGACACACUGAAAGUUGUCAGUGAGGAGGUCAUCACUACCACAACGAUGGUCACAGAGAAACACAAGCUCAAUGUCCCAGAGACCAUGACUGAAAUGCUUGAUGUGUCUGAUGAAGAAGCCCUGAGGCUUGAAGAUGAGCCAUUCUCUGAGAUGUCUGUGGAGCUGGAAGGUGAGGACACCAUGACAGGUGACGGAGGAGAGUACCUGAGGGCAGAGGAUCUCAGAGAGCUGGGAGAUGACUCUCUGCCGGGACACUACCUGGACAGCUUCAGCUACAUGAGCCACAACCUGGACAGGCCCCAGCACACUCCCAUUCACCAAAGUUUCCAUCAGGGCGAAAGAGUUCUCAUCGAAGACAUGAUUGCAAGUCAUCAGGUGUCAGCACUCUCUAGAGAGCAUGAAAAGGACUCGUUCCGUCUGAGCUGGGGUGCUGAGCACCUUGAUAAUGUGGUGCUAUCCUCCAGUCUUCUACACUCUGGCCGUUCCUCUCCAUGCCUAGACCAUGACAACAGCAGUUUUCUGGUCAGCUUCAUGGUAGAUGCCAGGGGCGGAGCCAUGCGCGGUUGCCGUCACAAUGGUCUACGAAUCAUUGUACCACCAAGAAAGUGUUCUGCACCUACGAGGGUGACGUGCAGGCUGGUGAAGAGACACCGUCUGGCCUCUAUGCCCCCUAUGGUAGAGGGUGAGGGUCUGGCUGGUCGUAUCAUAGAAGUGGGACCCACUGGAGCCCAGUUCCUAGGUAAGCUCCACCUUCCCACAGCUCCGCCCCCUCUGAAUGAGGGUGAGAGCCUGGUCAGUCGCAUCCUGCAGCUGGGUCCGCCAGGAACCAAGUUCCUCGGGCCUGUGAUUGUAGAGAUCCCUCAUUUUGCUGCUCUGAGGGGCACAGAGAGAGAGCUAGUGAUCUUGAGGAGUGAAACAGGAGAAAGCUGGAGGGAGCACCACUGUGACUUCACUGAAGAGGAACUGAAUCAGAUACUUAAUGGCAUGGAUGAAAAACUUGAUUCCCCUGAGGAGCUUGAGAAGAAAAGAAUAUGUCGCAUCAUCACCCGAGACUUCCCACAGUAUUUUGCUGUGGUGUCAAGGAUAAAGCAGGACAGUCAUUUGAUUGGUCCAGAGGGUGGAGUCCUCAGUAGCACCCUUGUGCCCCAAGUCCAGGCUGUCUUCCCUGAGGGAGCCCUCACCAAGAAGAUCAGAGUUGGGCUACAGGCUCAGCCCAUUGAUGUUGAGGUGGUGAAAAGGAUUCUUGGUAACAAAGCCACAUUCAGCCCAAUUGUCACACUGGAACCAAGAAGGAGGAAGUUCCACAAACCGAUCACCAUGACGAUCCCUAUUCCGAAGAGCUCUAACAGUGAUGGGCAGAGCACAGUGUUUAGUGGGGAGACCCCCACCUUACGUUUGCUUUGCAGUAUUACAGGUGGAACCACUCCUGCCCAAUGGGAGGACAUCACUGGCUCCACACCUCUUACCUUUGUUAACCAAUGUGUUUCCUUUACCACAAAUGUGUCAGCAAGGUUCUGGCUGAUCGACUGCAGACAAAUUCAGGAGUCUGUUAGUUUUGCGUCUCAGCUGUACAGAGAGAUCAUCUGUGUCCCAUACAUGGCCAAGUUUGUAAUUUUUGCCAAGACCUUGGACCCCAUUGAGGCCCGGCUACGCUGUUUCUGCAUGACUGAUGACAAAAUGGAUAAGACCCUUGAGCAGCAAGAGAACUUCACUGAAGUCGCCCGUAGCCGAGAUGUGGAGGUGCUGGAGGGAAAACCUAUAUUUGCUGACUGCUUUGGAAACCUAGUGCCUCUCACCAAGAGUGGACAGCAUCAUGUGUUCAGCUUCUUUGCCUUCAAAGAGAACCGACUAGCCCUUUUCAUCAAAAUAAGAGACACAGCACAGGAGCCAUGUGGUCGCCUGUCCUUCACAAAGGAACCACGCACGUACCGAAGUCUUAACCACAAUGCUAUAUGCAACCUCAACAUAACCCUCCCAACAUACUCAAAGGAGUCUGAUUCAGACCAAGAUGCAGAUGAUGAGAGUGAGAAGAGUGACAAGAAAUAUGAUGAAUCUGAGUCAACGGAGACAUUCUCCCUGAAAACUAACCAACCGCUUGACCCUGCAACCCUUGCAAGCCCAGACCUUCUCUCAGACAUGUUGGACAUCAAAAUGUCGGUUAUUUUGACUGCAGAGCAAAUGGAGUACUCAGUUAAUGAAGAGAUAGCUGGAGCCAGACGGGUUGGAGAAAAUGAGGCUUUUGCGACUGUGGAACAGAGGCAAAGGAGAGUUAAAGAGAUGCUGGAAAAGGUUGGAGAGAUUCAACAACAUGAGGCACAAACUUCAAGUAAACCUGCCCCAGAAGGCAGAGACAUGACAUGCAUGAUCUCACACCUGAGCAUCGACAUGGACCAAUACAUAGAACAGAGACCUGUUGUGAUGAGUGGUUCUCAGGAAGACCAUGUCCAUGAUAGGUUUGAACAGGUUAUUGUAAAGCGUGAUGGCAAACGGCGUCCCCCAGAUAUCAAGAAACCUAUUCGGAAGAAACUUAGAGACAAAGAGCGUUCUGGAUACAGUAGCUCUGAGGGGGAGCUGGAAAGGAUGAGCUCUGAGGAGUCCUUAGAUGGUGAUGUUGUUCUCAAGGAGAGUGGCCUUGAGCCCACCCCAGUGAUGGAUCCUCCAGCUUCUCCUCUCGUGGUUGAGACACCUAUAGGAUCUAUCAAGGACAGAGUUAAAGCUUUGCAGAACAAAGUUGUAGAGGAAGAGGUGCAAAAAAAUACUCAGGUAUUAAUUCCUCAGGCAAAAUCAACUAUCACAACAAAGAAGAUGGAGGCAGACAUGCCAGAGCUUCCCAGAGUUCCCAUGUCCCCUAAAUCCCCCAAAUCUCAGACAGAAAGAUUGGAGGAGACGAUGUCUGUUAAGGAGCUGAUGAAAGCAUUCCAGACUGGUCAGGACCCUUCAAAAAAUAAAUCUGGGCUUUUUGAGCACAAAGCAGUAGCUUCCUCUUGUAUUUCAACUUUAAUAUCUGAAUCAGGAGAUUCCAUAGAGAUACAGAGGACUGAAAGUCCUAUGCAGGAGCCAAAACCACAAACUCAGACCCAGAACGUCACAAUUCUCCAUCCACAGUGUGAUGUUAAGAUAUGUGACAAAAGCUUCAUUGUAUAUAAUUCUGAGGAACCACAGUUAAUUUCAGAUAGUGAUUAUGUUGGAACGACAGUAGACUUUGCUUCUACAAUUCACCAUGAUGAUGAAAGCCCAGACAAACAGUCUCUAGAGUUGCCAGAGAAGGAGACAUUAUCUGUUAAGGAGCGCAUGAAAGCAUUUCAACCUGGACAGGAUCCUUCAAGAAAUGAAACAGCAACUUUUGAACACAAAGUUGUGGCUUCAUGUAUUUCAACAUCGAUAUCCAAAUCCACUGAUUCUGAAAAGAUACAGGGCACUGAACAAAGCCCUAUGCAGGAGCCAAAACCACAAACCCAGGGUCAGUACCUCACAUUUUUUCACGAUCAGAGUGAUGUCAAGAAAUGUGAUGAAACAGAUUUAGGCGAGCAAAAGGUAAGCUUUAAUGAAGAUAACUCUGAGGAAUCACAGUUGAUUUCUGAUAGUGCUAAUGUUGGAAAGACAGUCAAAUUUGCUGCUACAAUUCAACAUGAUGAUGGAAGCGUUAGCCCAGACAGAGAAGCACUAGAGUUGUCAGGUAAGGAGACGCUGUCGGUUAAGGAGCUGAUGAAAGCAUUCCAGACUGGGCAGGACCCUUCAAAAAGUGAUGUAGGGCUUUUUGAACACAAAUCAAUGUAUUCCUCUUGCAUUUCAACACCGAUAUCUGAAUCACUAGGUCAUGAAGAGAUACAGAGGACUGACAAGAAACCCACGCAGGAAACAAAAUUGCAAACCCAAAUAGAGAAUCUCCCAAUUUGUGAUCCACAGAGUGAUGUCAUCACAUGUGGAAAUUUAGAUGUAGAUGCUCAAACAGUACACUUAAAAAGAGGUAACUCUAUGGAAUCACAGUUAAUUUCAGAUAUUGAUUGUUUUGGAGAGAAAGUAAAAUUUGCUAAUACGAUUCAAUGUGAUGUUGGAAGGGUUAGCCUUCAGGGAGAGGAGUUAUCAGGGAAGAGCUUAGGUAGGAUGCAAUUAGAAGAACCAGUUAUAAACACUGGUAGGAGUUUAUCUGAAGACCUACAGAUCAGCCCUGAUCGCAGACCCUCUGAGGACUUCAGUGCUGACAUAAAGGCUGAGCUAGAAGAAAGUCCAGAGUACCAGCUGUUCAAGCAGAAAUCAGAAGCAUCAGAUGUGAACUAUCAGUUGGACGCACAUGAGGAGACAACCUUGGUUGAUGAUUCUGAUACAAAUCCAGAAUCCAUCUCCAGUUCUUGCAUAAGUUAUUUUAGAGAAGAUAAUUCUCUUAUUGAGAAUGAAAUGAAAGAUAAUGAUCAAAGUCCUGAGAGUUCCAAGCAUGAAGGUAUGGCUGAAUCCUCAGACACUAGUGUUGACAUUAGGACCCCUCAUUCCAGCUCAGGGGAAAGCGAGAAUUAUGAAGGACUGGCAGUGACCGAUCAAAUGAACAAUGAAAUGCUUACUUCCUUGCAUCAAAAAGAAGAAAUGUACGUCAUUCCUUCAAAGGAAGAGACAUUUUACAAUGCACGAAGAGAACAUACAACAGUUGAUCAUGGAAAUAAACUGUUCUUUAGACAAACUGACAAAGAAGUAACAAAGAACAAAAUUGUUGAACCACAACUUCAAGUGAUCCGCAUUGAGAGGCAAACAUCAAGCCAGGCAUCCACAGCAGUAAAGGAUAUGUCAGGGAUGUUGUCCUUAAUGAACACUGACUUGGAACAGUAUCUAAAAGCUAGACCUGUGGUAAGUCUGCCACGACAAGAGGGUAUUGUUCAGGAGAAAUUUGAAGAAAUUAUUUUAAUGAAGGAAAACGAUAAAGAAAUAAUCACAUUUGUCACUGAUGGAAAUAAAGGAGCAGCAGUGAGUGGUACAACACAAGACAUCAAUCUUGCAAAGACCAAAGAGAAUUCAUUUACAUUGGGAGGUAAAGAAUCAGAGAGUGAAUAUGAAGAAGCUAAAGCAUCCAAAGAUGUAAAAGAUAUAUCAGAGAUGUUAGUCAUUAAUCAAGAUCAGUUUCUAGAGGCUAGAUCUAUGGCUUGUCCACCAAUGGAAGAAAAUUUCACUUGUGAAAAUGAAGGAGCAGAAGUGGAUGACACAAUACAAGAGAUAGACUGUGCUAUAUUGAAACAUGAGGUCAUGAUGGGAGGUGAAGAGGUGGCAAGUGAACUACCAAUGAAGGAAAAGUGGGUAGAGAAAAUGACUUCAUGUCAGCCUCUGACAAAAGUAAGAGAUGUGUCAGGCAUGCUGUCACUGCUGAAUGGUGACUUGGACCAGUACUUAAUGGACAGACAAGUGAUGAAUCAGUCUCCAGAAGAGGACAUUAUACAGGAGAAAUUCGAACAAGAUAUUAUCACCAAAAUCAGAAAACCCUCUUGUGAGGAGGAAACAAUUACAAUAUGUGACACAACACAAAUACAAACAGUAGCUUGUCCUGAUGUGGAGGGCAAGACAGAUGAAGAGACAUUUGAACAGAUGCAAACUGAUGUGGUUGAAGUCAAAGAACUGACACCAAGUUCUGUAUUGGAGACAUCUCUCCAAGAGGUUUACAUUGAUAGAAAGACGGACCACCAACAGUCUACAACUGAGAAGAAUAUGUCAGGCAUGUUAUCACAUCUCAGUAGUGACUUAGAUCAAUGUCUCAAGGAAAAGCCAAAGUCAAUACAAUGCCACCCAGAAGAGGACCUAGUCCAUAAGAGCUGCCAUGAAGUUAUAGUGACACGGAAUCUUUUGGAGGAUGAGAUAAGUGGAGAAGUAAAUGAACACAUGCAAACGGAUACAACUGAAGUCAGAUCAUUGUCAUCAAGUUUUGUUUUGGAGAUACCAGUCCAAGAAGUCUACAUUGAUAGAAAUACACAGCAACAACAGUCAACAACUGGGCGGGAUAUGUCAGGCAUGUUGUCAUUGCUUAGUGGUGACUUGGACCAGUACUUAAUGGACAGACAAGUGAUAAAUCAGCCUCCAGAAGAGGACAUUAUACAAGAGAAAUUCGAACAAGUUAUUAUCACUAAAAUCAGAAAACCCUCUUGUAAGGAGGAAACAAUUACAAUAUGUGACACAACACAAAUACAAACAGUAGCUUGUCCUGAUGUGGAGGGCAAGACAGAUGAAGAGACAUUUGAACAGAUGCAAACUGAUGUGGUUGAAGUCAAAGAACUGACACCAAGUUCUGUAUUGGAGACAUCUUUCCAAGAGGUUUACAUUGAUAGAAAGACGGACCACCAACAGUCUACAACUGAGAAGAAUAUGUCAGGCAUUUUAUCAUAUCUCAGUAGUGACUUAGAUCAAUGUCUCAAGGAAAAGCCAAAGUCAAUACAAUGCCACCCAGAAGAGGACCUAGUCCAUAAGAGUUGCCAUCAAGUUAUAGUGACACGGAAUCUUUUGGAGGAUGAGAUAAGUGGAGAAGUAAAUGAACACAUGCAAACUGAUACAACUGAAGUCAGAGCAUUGUCAUCAAGUUUUGUUUUGGAGAUACCAGUCCAAGAAGUCUACAUUGAGAGAAAUACACAGCAACAACAGUCAGCAACUGGGCAGGAUAUGUCAGGCAUGUUGUCAUUGCUUAGUGGUGACUUGGACCAGUACUUAAUGGACAGACAAGUGAUGAAUCAGCCUCCAGAAGAGGACAUUAUACAGGAGAAAUUCGAACAAGUCAUCACCAAAAUCAGAAAACCCUCUUGUAAGGAGGAAACAAUUACAAUAUGUGACACAACACAAAUACAAACAGUAGCUUGUCCUGAUGUGGAGGGCAAGACAGAUGAAGAGACAUUUGAACAGAUGCAAACUGAUGUGGUUGAAGUCAAAGAACUGACACCAAGUUCUGUAUUGGAGACAUCUCUCCAAGAGGUUUACAUUGAUAGAAAGACGGACCACCAACAGUCUACAACUGAGAAGAAUAUGUCAGGCAUGUUAUCACAUCUCAGUAGUGACUUAGAUCAAUGUCUCAAGGAAAAGCCAAAGUCAAUACAAUGCCACCCAGAAGAGGACCUAGUCCAUAAGAGCUGCCAUCAAGUUAUAGUGACACGGAAUCUUUUGGAGGAUGAGAUAAGUGGAGAAGUAAAUGAACACAUGCAAACAGAUACAACUGAAGUUAGAGCAUUGUCAUCAAAUUUUGUUUUGGAGAUACCAGUCCAAGAAGUCUACAUUGAGAGAAAUACACAGCAACAACAGUCAACAACUGGGCGGGAUAUGUCAGGCAUGUUGUCAUUGCUUAGUGGUGACUUAGAUGAAUUUUUAAAGGAACAGCCAGUAGUGCCACAAUGCCACUUGGAAGAGGAGGUAGUCCAUGAGAACUACAAACAACUUAUCCUGACAAAAGACAAUAAAAGAGAAACUUCUACAUUCUCCCCUGAACAUAAUAUGAUGCUACCAGAGGAUACAAACACAAUAGACAACAAUGAAAAAAGAACUUUGGAAAGUGGAUGGCAAACAUGUUCCCAUGAAAAUGAAGGUCCUAAGAGUUUCUCAUCUGAGGAAGAUGUGACGAAAACUUCACCAAGUGCAGGUUCACAUUUUAAUUACUUUGCUGAAGGGAUGGUGGACAAUACAAAGUCAUAUGUAAUGAUGGAUGACUAUGAGUCCGAUCAUAAAGAUGUCAGUGUUGUUGCUGUUAAUUCAAUUCUUCAAACACAUGAUUUUUUUCAACUACCAGAUAGUUUGAACACACCACAACGACCAACUGAUUUGGAGAACUUAAACAAUGCAGUUUUUGAUGACUUAGCGAAACGGCCUUGCCAUCAAGACUCACUAGAGGCAAGUCCUCUAAUGGAGGAUAGAUCUUCAACGAAAUCCCCUGAUUCAAUUGACCCAAGCCCGACCAGAGAAUCCCCUUGUCCAGACUCUCUUGAGGGAAGUCCCACUCAAUCAAAGGACACCAAGCUUAAGAAGCCAGCCAAGACAGCUGUGUAUGAGGACUAUGCGUCGCAGCUCCAAGCAUGUUUUGCUUAUGACAGAAAUAUUUACAGUGAUGAAAAUGAGCUUGAUGAGCAUGAAAGCAAUGAGAUCUUACAAAAGGAAAGUGAAAAUACAGAAGACAGAUAUUCCUACUCAGCAAAGACAGGAACUGAUGGCAACAUGUGCUCUGACCCCAAAAUAUGUGACAGUGAAAAUUGGAACAAGCUCAUAAGGCAAGACUCUCUAGACUCUCUUGACAAAGAUAAUAGCCAGGACGAUACCACCAACAAACAAUUCACCCCAGAAGAGGAGAUGUUUAAAAUGGCUGCAAAGAUCAAAACAUUUGAGGAGAUGGAGCAGGAGGCUAAAAUGAAGAGAGACACAUCCUCAGAUGUCAGUGCUCUAUCAAAGACAAGUGAUCACCAAGACGAUACGGUAGAUCUAAGAUUUUCCCCAGCUAUUCAGUUUUCCUCAGAAGAUACACUAGAGGAAAAUUCUGAAAAAUAUGUGACAGAAAGGACUCACACACUUAGUGGGGUAACAGAUAUUAGUUCAAGCAGUAAGGAGAGGGUGGGAAUUCAGUCACAACUAAUAUCUACUCAAACAGCUGACAGUUCAUUGUGUUCAACUGCAAGUCACAGAGAGGAACCUUAUUCAGUGAGUGAAGAAUCUAUGCAACUCUUAGAGGAAAGAGAGGCUGAUAUACAGACAGAUAAAGACACUGUAGAGGGUGACUUUUCUUGUUCCUCAGUCAAUGACACACAUUUUUCCAGCUGUGUUACUGAUGAACACUAUCCAGUGGAUGACAAAGCGGUUAAACCUUCACCGACAAAUGGUUCAAGCUCUGCGAGUGAACCUCAGGCAACAGCACAUACUAAAGACCUAGAGUAUGUUAUCCCAGGAUGGGAGGAUGAGAAUGAUGUAGCCUUCAGUGUUAAGUCAGAGGAACAGAUUAAUCUUAGUUUUGCAGAAGACAGAAAAAGCCCUGAUAAAACACCUGCUCAAACACCAGGUGAUGAGAAAACUGAUCCAUUUCAGUUUCAAGAGGGAAAGCUAUUUGAAAUGACAAGAGGAGGUGCCAUUGAUAUGACAAGAAGAAGCUUUGAUGAAGAACGGGAAGGAUUCGCAUUUUUUCAUAUAGAGGAACAUCCAGUUGAUGAAGUUAUGCCAGAGGAGACUGGGGAAGAUCAAACAAAGUCUUUAACUUUAGAAAAUAGUGUUUCAAUUGCAGAUACAUCUCUCCAAGAGACCCCAACAUCAUAUUUUAGUCAGUGUGCUAGUGACAAUAUUCCUACUCCCAAACCCAGAACUCUCAUUCAACCCUCAAGUGACAAGUCAGAGAAAGAGAAGCCACUUUCAAAAGACGAACUUGCCAGCCCCAUAGAGGUCCAGCUUGGUUUUCCCACUGCUUUGGAGAGAUUAACUGAUAUUCAAGAUGAAGUUGGAGGCCUUGAAAGCCUUGGUCUAGGCUAUCUAGAUUCUACCAUAGCUGACCUUCAAUCAGACACUGUCGCAGUUGACCAUUCAGUGUACUCAAAGCAGAGUAAUGACUCCUCAGACUCAUCUCCUGAUGAGGAGGAGGAAGAAGAGGAAGAUGAGGACCAGUGUUCAGUCAUAGAGAUGUCCUUUUCAACUACACAGACUGACAUCCCAACGCAGUACUAUCAGGAUUCACCUCCACCUUUGGGAAUUAAACCAGGCAGCACAAAUAAAGAGGCUAGCCAUUUCAAAUCGGAAACAACCAUGAAAGACCCAAAGGUACCCAAGCUUGAUCUGUUUCAAACAAAAGCAGAAAAAGGCUCAACCUUGAAUCACAGCACUAGAUCUGAGGCUGAUGGUGACACAAGUAAAACCUUUAAUAAAGACAGCAGGAGUUAUUCCGACAGUACUGAACCCACUGAUAAAUCCAACCUUUCCCCCUCCAAACUUCCUGUCUUGAUGAAACAGAAAGUUAUACCUCACACAAUCUCCUCUUCCUCCAUCCAAAUGAAAGAAAUUCAAUUCUCUGAGACUACAGAAACAUCUGUUUGUUCUUCUUUGGAUACUGAUGAUCUAAGUAGUGCUAGUCACCGGAGUCCAGACUCUGUUAUAUUCACAUACGACAUCCCAACUAUACACAGUUCCAACUCUGAUAACAAUCCUUUGAUGAGUGUGCAACCAUCUUCUGGUACAGAGAAUGUAUUUGAAUCCAGGCCUGCCUGGGAUGACAUGGUGGAAACUCAGAUGCAGAGAAUCAACGAUGACCAAACUCCAGAAUGUAUGCCAGUGGAUUGGCAGGAUGAUGCUGACAGGAAAGAGGAGACAUUAGCUAUCAUUGCAGACCUUCUUGGCUUCAGCUGGACUGAGCUGGCAAGGGAACUGGAAUUCAGUGAGGAUGACAUUCAAUUAGUGAGAACAGAGAAUCCCAAUUCACUCCAAGAGCAGAGCCAUGCCUUGCUGCAGCGUUGGGUUGAGCAGGAAGGCAAACAUGCCACAGAGGACUGCCUGAUUAAGAGACUAACCAAGAUCAACCGCAUGGACAUUGUCCAUCUUAUUGAAACCCAGAUGAACAAGUCAGUUCAAGAGCAAACAUCUAGAACUUAUGCAGAGAUAGAGAAGACACUGGAUCACAGUGAAGUGUCAGUAGCCCUUUCUUCAGUGCAAGAGGAUGCAGACAGCCCCAGAAUCAUAAGAAGGGUGGAAUCAGACCGCAGACCACCCCCAGCUGUUUCAGAAGAGGACCUCUCAGUUGCUUCCCUACUGGAUAUUCCUUCCUGGGCAGAGCCUGUUGGACACACCCAUUCAGAGAGCAUGCAUGGUGACCUGUUGGAGGAGCUUGAGAUCCCACAUGAAUUGAAUCCAAAUCUGUGGACUUCGGAGGAUGUAAUUACACAAGAAUCUACCAGUCAUGACAACUUGGAUGAGCAAGUUUCAGCACCAUCUUCCAAAGCAAAUCUUUCAGAAUCUACAAAACAAACUAAUGCUGACUUAGAGCAGAGAAACUCAGAGACAUUUUCAGUUGAGGAUAGGCUGAGGACCAGUACGCAGUCAGAACAACCUCUGACUCCAGUAGAGUAUGAAGGUUUUGCCUCUCAGUUUACUUUAGCUAAAUCCAACACAGAAAUGACUACAUCAUCUUCUGAUGAGGAGUACAGCAUCCCACCUGGAUAUGCAGAGACCUCUUUUACCACUACCAACUAUAGUCACAUGCCCCCAGAAUAUGCAGAAGUUGUACGUAGUAAUGCAGACAGCCCAACCUUUCAAUACUCCGACUCAGAGCCUUACUUUGACUGCAAACAGGGUGCAUCAGAUUUCUCAGAGACUGAGCCUGAUGAACCAGAGACAAGAUCUAGGUCAAGUAGAUGUCAGCCUCAGGAUAAUCUCAGCCUUACUGGAAAGCAAGAAAAGGUGAAUAGAGGAGUGCUGUCAUCCUCCGGAAGUGAAGAUUAUGAGGAGACUUUUUUUGUCCACGAACCUCUUCCUAAUGUGUAUGAGGAGAGUGAAGAAUUAUUAGACUAUUCAGAAGCAUCUGAUGAAGAAUUCACCUUGUGUGAGCCUCCUGUCUGUGAAAUGGGAGCAUGUGAUGAUACUAAAAAAUCUCUCACAAGGGAGAUCACCGCAGAGCUUGGAUCAAUGUCAGAAAGUUCAGAGGAUGAAUUUCUGACCACCAGAAUAGUGCGAAGGAGAGUUGUCAUCCAGGCUGAAGAUAUGCCAAACCUCCCUACUCAGUCAGUGACAGAAGAAAAGUACAAGGAUGAAAAUGGACACAUUGUUGUCAAAAAGGUUACCCGUAAAAUUAUUCGCAAAUGUGUUUCCGUUGAUGGAGUGGAGCAUGAAGAGGUCUUAUUAGACGGAGCUCCCCAAGCGUCCAUCAGUAUGGCCGAGGGAGAUGGAUACUCCAAGGUGGUGAAGCGGACCGUAGUAAAGAGUGAAGGAGACCAUACAGAGGUAACAUUUGCUGCAUGUGAGGGUUUCUCAGCAUCAAGGCAAGAGGGACCUGAGGGUUCUAAGGUCAGUCAGGUAGAAGAGAAAACGGUCGUGGACGGUGAAAGGACAAUGACACACCAAGGUGACCCAUCUUUGGCUUCUGACCUCCCCUCAGCUCAAGAGGACUUCAAGCAGGCACUAUGUUAUAUAAGUGGUUUUACCAGAUCAGAGCUCCCUCGUGUGGUAGAGACAGAGACUGUCAAAGAAGAUGGAACUGUGGUCAGGAGGUGUGCGUGA